CCAAAAGUUACGAAGCUAUAACGAAUAGGUACCUGACUGAAAAGUUUAGGGCAUAAAAAUGAAAGUCUCUUUAGUAGUUCUUUUUUUUUUCGCAGUUUACUUUUCUGUAGAAGUAACUGGACAUGGAUAUAUGAUUGUUCCAGCUAACAGAGCUUCUUUGUGGAGAAUAGACUGGCAACAACCUAUUAAUUAUGAAGAUAAUGAAUACUUUUGUGGUGGAGCAUAUGCUCAAUAUUACAAAAACCAUGGUAAAUGUGGACCGUGUGGAGACGAUUGGAGAGAUCCAGUACCUAGAAGCAACGAAAACGGAGGCAUUUAUGGAAACGGCAUUAUUGUUGCUAAUUAUACAGCAGGAUCGGUUAUCGAUGUUACGGUUUUAAUUACGGCUAAUCAUCUUGGAGCUUUGUAUUUCCAUAUUUGUGAUCUUAAAGAUGGUUCCCAAGCAGAAACUGAAGAAUGCUUUCACCCAAUGAAAUUAGCCGACGGAACUAACAGUUAUCCGGUGCAUGCUUUAGAUUAUCGUGUAGAUAUUCAACUUAGACUUCCCAAAGAUUUGGUGUGUGAAAGAUGCGUUUUGAGAUGGCAUUACAGAACAGGUAAUUCCUGGGGUAUUUGUGAAGAUGGUACACAAAAUAUGGGCUGUGGAAAUCAGGAAAUUUUCCGUUCGUGUGCUGAUAUUAGUAUUGCUCCUCCGCAUCCAGGACAUGAAUUUCCUUCCGGAGUUAAUUCAAAAGAAGCUACUCCUGAAGAGCCUUUCAAAGAGUUCUCUAGCUCUGAAGAGACGAUGAGUCACCUUGAUUCUCAUGAACGUUCGGAUUCUGGAAAACCGCGUAUCAUAAAUCCAUAUUUUUAUUCAAACCCAGCGAAAAAUUAAUGGAUUAAUUAUUGCAUUGAUUAAUUACAUAUUUCUUAAAUUCAUUGACUAUUUAUUGAAUUAACUGAAAAUUUACUUUUUUUUUCUAAUGUGUGCUGCCAAUAAUAGCAACGGUAAUAAUGAAUUUAAGUCUAGCUCCUCUACAAUGUGAAAAAACAAAUAAAUUUUUGAAUUAUUCUAAUAAAAAAAAAAUGUGCAAUUUGGGUUUUAAUAAAAUUGCACCUCUCUCUGAUCUUUCAUUGAAGUGCAAAAAAAUUCCAGAAAAAAGACAGUUUAAAAAUAUGUUUUCUUGCUAUAAACAAACUUUGCUAUAAGAUUAAUUUGAACCAUUCGCCACCAUAAAAUACAGGGUGUCCUAGCCGAGAGUGACCCAUUUUAAAUGCUUAUAACUUUUAAACCAGGUGUGCUAGCUAC